AUGGCAAAUCAAUCAGCCCAGGACUUCAUAGUAAAAAAUGGUGGUCCCCCGCGGUUGAGCGAAGCCAGGCUGGUGGGCGGUGCGGAGAUUGAUCGUCGCCGAAAUGCCCCAAAGUCGGGAACCAGCUUUCCUGUCGAGAACGGAGAUGCGCGCGAGAGGCCAGAAAGCGCGAAGACGGCUAUGGGGUUUUUGGGCGCUCGGUCGAUCACCACGGGGAAGGAAUACCUGCGUCCACAGGGAAGUGGUCACCAAGUCACAGCGACGUACCGUUUCAAUGAUGCGCUCAAGUUAAUGCUGGCGAAUAGCGCAGCUGCUUGCGAUCGAGCUCGACUCUGGCUGCGACGAAAAUCCGGUCUGCAGACCUUGAGAGCUAUAUGA